AACUUCUCAUAGAGGAUAAGAAUAUCAGACAAUGAUAAAAGGGACCGGAUAUUUUACCAUGACAAAUAAUUGUGUCUAAACCUGUGGUUUUGCAGGAAAGACAGUGCAUUGAGCUCUACAAUAAACUUUAAAGUAUUCGUUCUAGUAAAGAAAACUUCACUGACGGUGGAUACUAGUUAAACUCUUCUAUAUAUAGAGUUUCUUAUUAGUUAAACUCUUCUAUAUAGAGAGUUUCUUAUUUCACUUUCCUAGUUUUUCAGCUAGCUGCCAAGAACUUGCAAGAAAGAAGAAAAAUGGAUGGAUUUGGUGGUGAGGCGGAGAUCACACGUCGGUGUGCCAAUCAUCAUCCUACUGUUUGGGGAGAUCAUUUUCUUGCCUAUGCUAAUCUCAUGGGAGCCACUGAAUGGGAAGGGAAAGAACAUGAAGACCUAAAAGAAGAAGUGAGAAAAAUGCUAGUGAUGUUUCCCUCAAAAUCUAUGCAAAAUCUUGACCUUAUCAACACAAUCCAAUUGCUUGGAGUGGCGUACCAUUUUGAAAAAGAGAUUGAAGAAUCAUUGAGUGAAGUCUAUAAUAGUUAUGAAGAAUGGAUAAUUGGUGAAGUUGACCUUCAUGUUGUUGCCCUAAGUUUUCGAUUGCUUAGGCAACAAGGUUAUUAUGUCUCAUCUGAUGUUUUUAGGAAGUUCACUGAUGAUCAAGGAAAUUACAAAAAAGAAUUCAUUAAGGAUGUGCAAGGAUUGUUGAGCUUGUACGAGGUAGCACACUUUAGAGUACAUGAUGAAGAAAUUCUGGAUGAAGCAGUUAAUUUCACCACCACUCAUUUGAAGCUACUUUUGCCUAAUUUGAGCAAUUCCCUUGCAACGCAAGUCAGAGAUGCACUGAAAUUUCCAAUCAACAAUGUUAUAGUGAGGGUAGGAAUGAGGAAAUACAUAUCAUUUUACCAAGAAGAUGAAUUGCACAAUGAAGUGUUACUAAAUUUUGCUAAAUUGGACUUCAACAUCCUACAAAUAUUGCACAAAAAGGAGUUAUGCGAUAUCACAAGGUGGUGGAAAGAAUCAAAAAUCGCUCAGACACUACCUUUUGCAAGAGACAGAGUGGUUGAAUUGUACUUCUGGAGUUUGGGUGUUUACUUCGAGCCUCAAUAUAGCAUUGCAAGGAAAAUACUAACUAAAGUGCUAUGCUUUUGUUCUAUUAUGGAUGACACUUAUGAUACUUAUGGCACCCUUGAUGAACUUUCUCUCCUCACAAGCUCAAUUGAAAGGUGGGACAUCGAUGCUUCCGAACAAUUACCGCCAUAUAUGAAGCUCUCCUACCUUGCUCUUCUACAAGUUUACAAUGAAGUGGAAAGAGAGUUGGAAAAUCUCGGAAAUAAGUCAUUUCGAGUCAAAUAUUCCAUAAUUGAAAUGAAAAAGCUGUUGAGGGCUUACUUCCAAGAGGCCAAAUGGUAUCAUGGGAAGAAUGUCCCCACAAUGGAUCAGUAUAUAAAGAAUGGAAUUCCAUCCAGCACUUACCUAUUUCUUGCCACUACUUCUUGGUUAGGCAUGGGAGAUGUAGCAACUAAGGAGGCAUUUGAUUGGAUAUCAACUGAACCUACAAUUCUUGUCGCUUCGUGUAUCAUUGCAAGACUACUAAAUGAUCUCGUAACAAAUGAGAUAGAGCUGGAAAGAGGAGAUGUAGCUUCAAGUAUUGAAUGUUACAUGAAUGAAUAUGAUGCCACCAAGGAAGAAGCUUACAUGGAGAUGAGGAAAAUAAUAGAAAAGAGAUGGAAGGAUUUAAACCGAGGAUGCCUAAAACCUACAGCAGUACCUAGAGUUUUGCUCAUGCCAGUGAUCAACCUUACGAGGGUGGCAGAGUUCGUUUAUAAAGAUGAAGAUGCUUAUACUUUUUCCAAAAAUAACUUGAAACAUGUCAUCUCCAUGGUGCUAGUUGAUCCUAUUACAGCAUGAGAGAACUUUACAAAGAAGAACAGAAAGAACAAUGAAGGAAAAGGAACUAGGAACAACAUGUAUCACACAUUCUGAUGUUGCUUCAUUCUGGAGGCCAUGGCUGUUUUUUUUUUUUUUACUAAUUUAUAGCCUGAUGUUCAGCAAAAACUUAUUUGCACUGGGUGUUUAAUCUUUGCUGUUUCUUGGACUGAGUUCUAGGUAGAGUUGUCUUUGUUUUAUUUAUAUGUUCCAUAAAUUCUGAAGGCUGUCAACUUACAUAUGGAUUGCUUUUGAUACAGUUUACGGACUACAAUAUAUAUAACAUCACCUGGCAUUAGAUAUA